AUGGGGGUAAAGGCCCACUUAAGGUCCCACCAAGCAAGGAAGGAGCAAACUAGCCCUCAUGGCAUAUGGGCCCUUAGGUCAUUGAAUUGCCUUGUCCCUUUUGUCUUUGAUGAAGAAGGUUUGAAAGCACAUAGAAGGAAGUUUUCCGGUACAGAAGAGUGUUCCGGAAAACUUAUUUUUGACAUAUCCGGUACAGAAAGUGUUCCGGAAAACUUGAUUGCCAACAUUUCCGUGGGUGCACGAGGAAGAGACGGCAAAAUCAUUCGAAUUACACGGGACACUGAUACUUCUACAUCGACUCCGAUGAAUCCCCCAGAGAGGAUUCGACCGACAGCUUCAAGGAGAAGAAGACGUAUGAUUAUUGAAGACGAUGAUGAGGGACAUAAUGAUCAGGGGGAGCCUUCUACAGUGCAUGAGGAAGAUGUGGUACAUGAGCAUAUGGUGCACGAGCAGGUGGAUGUACAUGAGCAGGAGGAGGCUGCACCUGCUCAUGAGGGAGAGCAUAUGGAGGAGGAACAUGAUGGACCUGAGGGACCUGGUGAGCUCACACGGUAUCCUGGAGGACCUUAUGAUUUGUAUGUCCUUACACGAUACCGUUAUCAUGUUUCAGCUAGACUAUGGUUUGGCGAGGAGCGACCAUUGCUGAAAAUUGUUGCGCAUGGGAAGAAAAUGCAACAAUUUACUCCGCCGGUACUUCCGCGACCCAUAGAGAAUUGGGUGAAUUUGUCUGGUCUGAACCCAUUACAACGGGGUAGUUUGAAGAUGAUCGACAACAACUUGAUAUCUGCCUUUGUUGAAAGAUGGCAUUCUGAGACAUCGUCAUUUCACAUGCCAUUUGGUGAAAUGACGAUUACUUUGGAUGAUGUUGCCAAUCUUCUCGGAUUGCCUAUUAGGGGUGAGUUCUACAGUCCACCCGAUGUAGAUAGAGUAACAGCAUGUAAUCUUGCCGUCCAUCUAUUAGGAGUGACCACGGAAGAGAUCUGGGAGGAGACCAGAAAGACUAGAGGUGCACACUAUAGAUUGGAUUGGUUGAAGGAGGUGUUCAGAAGGCAGUGUGCAGCAGAGAUGUUUGACUGUGCUGCUAGGGCAUAUCUGUUGAAUUUAGUCGGGAGUACUAUUUUCGCUGAUAAGAGUCAUACUCUAGUUGAUGUGAAGUACCUCCCUUUAUUCAGAUAUUUAGAUGGUAUAGAUAGAUAUGCAUUGGGUACUACUGCACUAGUGGUCCUUUAUGACUACCUCUCAGAUGCCUGCUAUUAUGACACCAAACAGUUAGGUGGAUAUAUGACGUUGUUUCAGUGCUGGAUUUACGAAUAUUUUCCGAAUAUUUGUAAUAGAGAUGAUCAGGGUGCUGACGUGGAAUGUUUUGCCCGAAUGAAUAGAUGGUGCUAUAAGCAAGGCAAGCAUAAGGUCCACGAAUACAGAAGUAUUAUUGAUGCAUUGACACCUGCAGAUGUUAUAUGGAGACCAUGGGAGAAUCACAGGGGUGUCAUUCCUUUUGAUGAUAUCACACUUUAUACUGGUCACAUUCGAUUAUGCAGCACUGUAGUGAAAUAUCUACCAGAGAGGUGUUUGAGACAAUUCGGAUAUAUCCAAGAGAAAUUUUUCUUGGAAGAAAGAGCUGCUUACGCCAGCCCAUAUAUGAAGGCCUCAUAUACAUGCACGGAGCCAGCCCUGAAGCCCAUCAGGCUAGGCUCGAUUCAUUUUUAUAUUGGGCUAACUGGGUAA